UGCUGGUUCAGAUGAAACAUGAAACAUGACUCCUUCAGUCUGAGAGGUGUUUUUACCGGAGAUCAUCCGAUACUAACACGGUGGCGUGAGCCGCAGUCUCCGCCUUCAUCACAACAAUCAAUUGUUCCUCCAAAAUCUAAAGAUAGAUGAUUGGAGACGUGAUGUGACCGUCAGAGCGCGCAGCUGUCAGAGGAAACCAGAACAUCUGGAGAACUAAAGAACUCAAGACUGGGAGAAUAAAAACUCUCCUCUGUGGAUUUGUGUAAUUUAAUAUUUAAAUCCUGAUUUAAUUUGCAGAAUGCGUCGCACCUCAGCUUGGGUCUGCUGGCUGCUGUGUUUGUGUUUGUGCGCAUCUUGGGCUGCGAGCGCGCAGGACGACCCAGAGGAGGACCAGAUGAUCCAGGAUCUGAUCCACCAGGACGAGACUCAACCUGAACCAGGACCAGGACCAGAGCCUGCCGCAGAGUUCCCCAAGUGCAAUAAGGCAGCGUGGCGCAUGCCCGGUCAGUACCUGGUCAUGCUGCGUCACGGGACGCACGACUCUCAGGUGCAGAGGACCAUCAGGAGGCUGAGAGCCAGAGCAGCCAGGAGGGGCUACCUGCUGGAGGUCCUGCAGACCUACUCUGGAGCUCUGCACGGCUUCCUGGUCAAGAUGAGCAGCGACGUCCUUCACCUGGCGGUGAAGCUUCCUCUGGUCCAGUACAUAGAGGAGGACUCGUCCGUCUUUGCUCAGAGCGCUCCCUGGAACCUCCAGAGGUUACUGCAGCCUCAUGGCGGCACCUCUGAAAACGGAACAUACCGGCCACCCAACGACGGAGGGAUGGCGGAGGUGUAUCUGAUGGACGGCAGCGUUCAGAGUUCUCACAGAGAGAUCGAAGGACGAGUGCUCAUCACUGACUUCAACGACGUCCCCGAGGAGGACGGAGUCAGAGUUCACCGACAGGCCAGCCAGUGUGACAGUCACGGCACGCACAUGGCGGGGGUUGUGAGCGGGUCGGACUCUGGCGUUGCUCGAGGUGCCGGUGUUAACCUGGUCCGUGUGCUCAACUGCCAGGGGAAAGGGACCGUGUCAGGAGCUCUGGCGGGUAUGGAGUAUAUCCGAGCAACUUUGCUGUACCGCCCGGCGGAUGCUGUGGUUGUUUUGCUGCCAUUCGUCGGCGGUUUCAGCCGUUCAUUAAACGCAGCUUGUCGGGACAUGGUGGCUAACGGAGCGGUGGUCAUCGCUGCUGCGGGGAACUACAGAGACGACGCCUGCCUCUACUCGCCUGCUUCAGAGCCUGAGGUCAUCACAGUAGGGGCUGUUAACUCAGUGGACCAGCUGAUGUCACAGGGAGCGGGUGGCACCAACUUCGGCCGCUGCGUUGAUCUGUUCGCGCCCGGCGAUGACAUCGUUAGUGCCAGCAGUGACUGCAGCACCUGUUUCACCUCCCGCAGUGGAACCUCCCAGGCUGCUGCACAUGCUGCUGGUUUAGCAGCAGUGAUCCUGUCGUCCAAUCAGAACGCGUCGCCGGUGCAGGUCCUGCAGAUGAUGCUGCGUUAUUCCAUCAGCAACACGAUCAACUUCCUCUCUCUAUCCGACGCACAUCGUCUCAUCACUCCAAACCUGGUGGCGGCCAUGCCUCCUGCAAACAGCACAAACGAGGAGCUUCUGUGUCGGUCAGUGUGGUCAGAGAGGUCAGGGGUCACGAGGACUGACAAGGCUGUCAGUCGCUGUCGUCAGGGGGAGGAGAUGAUGAGCUGCAGAGGCUACGCUCCUAACGGCAUCCACGUGGGAGAAACCAUCACAGUGAGCAGCGGGCAAAUGGAGUGUGUUGCCUACAACGCUGCGGGGGGUAAAGGUGUGAACGCUGUGGCGCGUUGCUGCGUGAUGGGAGGUCUGCAGUGCCGAGUCCAUGCUAGUCCUGAACCAGGACGAGAUGCAGAGUGUGUCGACCCGAAGCACCACCUCACCGGUUGCACUUCCUGGUCGACCACGGAUGAGACGUCGUCUGACUCGCGUCCACAUCAUCAUGGGAGGCGUUGUGUUGUGAAACACGGGGUGAUAUCUCAUGCCGUGUGCUGCCAUGCUCCGUCUCUGGAGUGCCGCCUGUUGGAAAACAUAUCAGCUGAUAAAGAUCAGGUGGAGGUGUCCUGUCCGUCUGGCUGGACUCUGACAGACUGUAGCGCCGUCUCUCAGGGCGCUGCCAUCCGGGGGCCGGUUGCUAGGGGCAACAGCUGUCGUGUCCGCAGAGCCACAGGAGCCGACGGGGCCGCUGGCAUCGCCGUCUGCUGUCGCAUCAGAUCUUCACCAGAGCAGCCCGCCACACCUCCUCACUGAUCCAACUGAUGUCCAACACCUGAAAACAGCUUAUUAUUAUAUUCCUGUCAUCUUUAACUUUUAUCAGUCAGUAACGCUGUUUGUGUGUGUGUUUCACUUUUAGGUCAAAAUACGCUCCAGCACACACACGCACGCACGCACGC